GUAAUAUCUCACAGCUUAAGGUCGUGGGCGAUGAGCGGCUACAACUCUGGGUUGAUAAAUAUGGAGAAAUGGGCGACAUCACACCGCAAACAUCGAUGUUAAUGAUUGCUUGUUUUCUAUUUUGUCGGUUUAAUUACCGUAAACUUCAUAAUAAGAUUGCACUUUUAUUGCAUGACAACCAUUCAGCAGCACACUGAGGAGUGCGGCCUGCAGGGCAGCAGCAGGAGAUGAAGUCCAGGGGAGCUGCGCCUCCCGAUGGGGGUUAUGGCUGGGUGGUGGUCUUCUCUGCCUUUCUCAUCAUGGGCCUCACUGCAGCAGUCCUUAAGAACUUUGGCCUCUUCUUCCUGGACAUCCAGAGUCACUUUGGGGUCCCGACCAGUACCACCUCGUGGGUCACGGCCACCACAAUUGCCACGUUUCACCUUGGAGCUCCUUUGGCCAGUGCACUGACAUUACAGUUUUCCCAGAGAGUGGUCAUCAUAGUGGGGGGCUUGCUGGCCUCCUCUGGGAUGCUGCUGGCGUCUCUGGACCUCAGUCUGCCCUGGCUCUACCUCACCAUGGGCAUACUGCAAGGUCUGGGCAUUUCCUUCUCGUGGAUCCCGGCCAACAGCAUGGUGAGCCACUACUUUGUGCGAUGGCGUCCCAUCGCCUACGCCAUCGCCAGCUCAGGGGAGUGUGUCUUUGCCGUGAUGUUCAGCCCCUUCUUCCAGUGGCUGAUCGAGAUGUACACCUGGCAGGGCUCCUUACUCAUCAUCGGAGGCCUUCAGCUCAACCUGUGUGUGUGCGGCUCUCUCAUGAGACCCUUGGACGCUGUCCAGAGGUCGCCGCGGGAAACCCUGGAUGGCGAUGCUGCCGCGCUCCCACAAAGAAGGACGUUUUUCUUCAAGUGCUCGCUUAUGAGGAAACCUGAAUUUUUCCUCUAUAUUCUGUUUGCUAUCUUUGCGGCUGCGGGUUUUUUCAUCCCUCCUCUGUUUUUAGUCCCCUUCGCCCAAAGCUUGGGGAUGGAUAAGUACUGGCCAGCCUUGAUCCUCUCCACCCUCAGCCUAGCAGACCUGGCCGGGAGGCUGAUCUGCGGGUGGAUAGCUAACAUGAGGCUGUUGAGGAACCUGCAGCUGCUCACCAUGGUGGUCACUCUGCUGGGCGUGGUGCUCCUGCUGCUGCCCGUCAGCCACAACUUCUGGGCCAUGGUGGUCUUUGCUCUGCUCUAUGGCUUCCUGUUUGGUUGUGUGGUGGCCAUUCACAUCACCUCCAUCGUGGACAUCGUAACGCUGGAGGGGUUCGACAACGGGCUCGGGCUCUUCAUGCUUUUCAGGAGCAUCGGAGGCUUUGUCGGUCCACCUGCUGCAGGCUGGCUGGUGGACGAGACGCACGACUACAGCACCGCCUUCUACCUCUCGGGCCUCUGCCUCAUCUCUUCUGCAGUGUUUGUCGUCCUGGUCGACCGCCUCGUCCAGAGGAGGAAAGUCUUGGAAGCUGAAGUUGAUCAGGUGACCAACAACGAGCGGGAGGAGGGAAAUGUCAAGUGAGAUUCUGUUACAUAACAGGCGACGAACCAGAAAUACCCCUUGUUGGCCUGGUCAGUGUUUCACACAUACAAGCUGCUAGUUGGUUUGACUGUUGUGUGAAAGCUCUAUGACAAAACUACCGCUCCAGAAACUGUACCGUUCAUACAAGCAAAAUUAGUUUUGUUUUUCCCCCUUUGACCCCCUUUUUCUGUUUUUAUUCCAAUACAAUCUCAUGUGCACAUCAACGUUUGUAGAAGAAAAACUUUUAUUAAUCUGCAACCAAAAGAAGAUUGACCCUUUUUUUUACUUAAUGUACGCCACAUUACGGAACGUUCCCUUUGUUUUAUGUGGACAGUUUUCUUUUAUUUUGGCUCACUGGAGGUCAGGCUUUAUGAACUCUUUUUUUCCUCCAGUGAAAGCUGUUCUAGAAAAGUUUUAAAUAGAUUAACUUUGCUGGUGUUAUUGACACAACAGGAGAAUGAGCAUGUACAUUUGUACAGUCAGGGCCAUGUCAGCCGUUAAAGCCCGAAAGAUUCUCCAAGGAAAUGUGUGAUCCUGUACAGUUUCCACAGCAUGCUGUUAUACAUGUGUAACACUUACACAGGAAACUUACAUAAUACUGUCAGAAGCUCAACUCCAAACUUUCUUAUAGUUCUGGAAAAGCUUCUGAAUUGGUGAACUGUCAGCCAUGCCCAUCAGAUUACAAUAAUACAGCUAACUAUAGAUACAGCUGUGUCACACAUGUGCAGCAGGCCAAGCAAGAACAUAUUGUCUUAAUUUUAUUGUCCAAAAAAAUACCAUGUAAACACUAAAAGCAACAAUGUUAGUCCAACAUCCGUACUGUGUCUGUGUGCCUGACUCAUUUAUGUGUGUUUGGUUUUUAAAUACAGUUUUAGUCAGAAACAGAGCCAAACAAAACAGAAGAAUAAGCUACAAAAAGUGCCACUUUUUAUAUGGAGGACUCUGCUGAAUCAACAUGUAACCUUAAGUCAGAAAAAGUAUGUGCAUUAGUCGGUGGCAAAAGGAAAAUAUUUCUGAAUCCAGUUUUGACUUCCAUGAAUCAAACGUUUCCUUUUUUACAAUAAAAAAAAAAAUGAUUCAAGUCAAGCAAGAGGUGCUUAUCCUAGUGUGUCGAGCUAUAGGACUGAAAAUAAAUGAUAAGACAACACACCCAAAUGUUGCUUAAGUGAUGAGAGUUUGAAAGGACUAGGAUCCCUCAGGAUAACUCUGCUUCCUAGCUUUAAAAUCAAAUUCAAAAUGUGUCUCUGUCAAUCAUUAGAUGUGUAAUUCAUGGUUCAUUCAAACAGGCUUAAAAGAGAGAUAUAUAGAUAGAUAGUCAUUUACAUUUUUUUUAUUUUUUUUUAGGCAUUUGUUUACAGUGAAGUGUUUGUGAAAUAACUUACCAUUGAACUCUUUUGCCUCUUCUGCAGUAUCAGAAGAGAUACUUUCAGGGUUUUAUUCUUUCUUUUAAUUUU